AUGAGUUUCUGCAAAGUUUGACCCGGUUGCCUUGCUGAUGCAGCAGCAGAACCCGAAGCAGGAUUCAGAUCCCGCCCGGAUCCACGGCAGAGGCUGAAAUACAAUUCAGCUCCUGCCUCCUGAUUUCUUGCUUGCCAAAAGAGGAAGCUUGCAGCAGCGGGCGGGCUGGAGGGGGGGGGGGAAGGUGUCGCUCCUGCUUUUCUCACCUCCCUAGACAUAAAGCGAAACAAGCCACCCUGCACACACACACACACACACACACACAUAUGCAGACACAGGUCUGGCUGGAGCAGCCUGGCAAACGGAUGCACCUAGAAGCCCCCAGCAGCGGCAGCUCCGAAGCGACCUGCCAAUGACAUUUGUCCAAAGAGGGGGACCGCACCGGAGGGGGGCCGAGCGAGGCGGUGCAUUGGCUCAAAUGCAAAGUUCCCCCCCAGGUGCAGGCUGCUGUGAAGCUCUCUAGCUAGAAGGCUCCGGAAGCAGAGGCUGGGGGAACGGCUGAAUUCUCACUCUCCGCUCCCCCCGCUGCAAAGGACACUCGCCCCAUGCCUGCAGAGGAUCCCCUGUGGGUGAGCCUGGCCCCCGGAGACGCGGAGGGAGGCAGGCAGGCUGCGGAGCCGGUGCUGCGGAGACAUCUGAGGACACAGGCGGCGUGACAUGCGAUCCACCGCACCAUCCAGCUAGCAGCCCGGCGCUGGGAGGGAGGCGGGGGGCAGGCGGCGGAGCCACCUCGCUUGUCUCGCAUCCUUCCCCAGCCCAGGGAAGUUCUGAACAACUGCAAGUCCGGAAGUGAAAAUCUGCAAGGGCUGAGACAAGAAGUAUUUUAUUAUUUCUAUAGAUGUGUCUAUCAGAGCGCUGCUUUUUCAUCCAAAGAAUAAAGGGAAAUACCAGCUUCUCCGCUGUUUCAUGGUGAACAACAGAUGGCACUCACGAAAAGGAUGGACUAAUAUCUUUAAAAAAGGGAGAUGAUUAUUUAUUGAACUCAAGACUCUCUUUUUAAUCCAAAGAAUAUAUGAACAAGUGAUUUCAUCUAUCAUUAACUGGGGAAAUAAGAAAAGGCCCCUUUGCUUUUGAAUUGCAGCUAAAUCCACAAGCGCAGCAGCGGUAAAUACUGAAAUUGAAAUAAAGACUUUCCAUGUCGAAUGUUCUAUCCUAUGGAUAUCAAUUUUGAGAGUACAAACCAGGGAGAUCUGUAUUUGAUCUAGCACCAUAUCAUUUCAAUGCCUAAUCUUCUCCAGGAUUGCUGGUGUGGCCUAGGAAUUGCACUGGUGUUGUAUGCCAUGGGCUGUAUUCAGAGUAUUAGCUGCAAAUCCAAAGUUUUCCGGGAAAGUAUUUCUGUGAUUGAAGUGAAAGCCUCUAUCGAUCCCGUUCCCACCAACAUUGACGAGUCGUCCAGCGUGGUUCUGCGAUACCGGACUCCUCACUUUCGAGCCUCUGCCCAGGUCUUGGUACCCCCUAUCGCCAAGAAGGAGACCUGGAUCGUGGGCUGGAUUCAGGCAUGUAGCCAUAUGGAGUUUUACAACCACUAUGGGGAACAGGGAAUGUCGAGUUGGGAGCUCCCAGAUCUGCAAGAUGGCAAAAUCCAGGCCAUAAGCGACUCGGACGGCGUGAACUACCCUUGGUACGGCAACACCACCGAAACCUGCACCAUUGUGGGGCCCACCAGGAAGGACUCCAAGUUCAGCAUCAGCAUGAAUGAUAACUUCUACCCCAGCGUCACGUGGGCAGUGCCUGUGAGUGAGAGCAACGUGGCAAAACUCACAAGCAUCCACCGGGAUCAAAGCUUCACCACCUGGUUGGUUGCCACUAACACGGCCACCAGCGAGAUGGUGAUGCUGCAGACUAUCAAGUGGCGCAUGAAGCUGGGCAUAGAGGUGAAUCCCAGCAGACCCCUGGGGCAGCGCGCCAAGCUGCGGGAGCCCUUCGCGCAAGAGCAGCCCCAGGUCCUUAGCAAGAAUGAGCCAAUACCACCCAGUGCCCUUGUGAAACCCAAUGCCAAUGAUGCUCAGGUACUCAUGUGGAGGCCAAAGGAUGGGCCAUCGCUAGUGGUGAUCCCUCCAAAAUAUCGGUAAUAGGAACCUGGCAUCCCGGCACCAGAAGGGAAGAAAGAAACCACUUAGAUACAUUUAGAAUCUAAGAUAAAUCGAGAUGCACUUUUUAUUCAUUCAGCAGAAAUGCAACCAUUCUACCUUCUCCCAUUGGGACGGAUCUCACUGUGCUAAAGCUAAAGAGGAGACCUUCCCCGGGGGUCUGCUUCAUCACCUGAUUCCUAAAGGAGGAAUCAACAAACUAAAACUUUAUUUCCAGCCCUGUAGCUUUCUUUUCUUCUUGACUGUAGUUACUGUGUGAACGUCAGUCUCAGCAGCUCGCCCAGAUUGUCCAGAACAAAACAAGAUUUUAAUCUGGGAUUUUAUGAUGUUUGGUGGGAGGAAAGGGAUUUUUUUUCCAGAUUGAAACAAGUUCCUGAAGCAAAACCCUAUUUAUUUAUGAUGGUUUUUUAAAAAUGAUAAACGGUUCUGAGUUGCAAACCUAAGUCAUGCGGCCUUAUGUAGACUUUGCUUUGCAUUGCCAAACUUUUGCCUUAAAGCUGUGUGUGAAAGAAAAUUUAGUCUCACCAAGCAGAAUCUCUUGUCUGCCGGGUUUUAGGGAGGGCCGGGGGAAGUAUUCUGGCGCAAGGAAUAGAUUGUCAGGGUAUCAAGGGAUGAGGCGAAAGGAAUGAUAAUGGAAGAAAUCAGAUGAAAAAAGAAAUUUUUCCUGAAUUUAAACAUGGAGCAAGGCGGCAUGGAAAUAAACCCAGCUUAGAACCAGUUGUUUUGCUAUAGGAGCUGAAAUGGGACUAGUACUGCACACAGAGUUGUAAUGGAGGUGACAAAUCUGUUUUAGUAACGUCUUUGGACGAGAGCUGCCAGGCUCCGAGCCGCGCGAUGGAAGGGGGUCAUCACAGCCUCGCAUUGCUUAAGCCUUUUGGGCUGAGCCUCUUUUUGGCAUGAGAAUACAGGACAAUCCAGCUGGUGGUGGGAUAUUCUCAUAUUCUCCUUCCAAACUAACCCACAAUUAUCCUCCGGUAGGGCACCAUGACAGGUGGGUCACACACAAGCUGUAAGAUAUGUGGAGUCAAAUUCUGCCAUCAGUUCCUCUCAUGAAACCCCAAUGAAUUCAUAACAGGUGGGGUGAGAGGAGCGAGAUAGUGAGGGAUCCCUCUAAAAUCACCGGGGCUGCAUGGGCGUAUGGGAGGGCAGCUGUUGUCCAUUGGAGUCUAUGAUUCAGGUAGAAUUAUACCUCUGGGAAAAAAAUCAAAUCACAUGCACCCUUCAUAGUAACACUGGAAACAAAGAAAAGUCUCCUCUUAUGAUAGCUUAGUGCUCACCUGGGCUGAUGGAGAAGCACCAUUCGUACAACUUCACAGUCCCACAGGAUUCAGAUGGUUUCCAGCGAUAAGGCCAAAGCAGGGUUGUAGGGGACGACACAGCUGCCGAGAUAGAGUGGAAGCAUCCACGGGUCAACCUGUGACCCCCAAAGUAGUGUGAAGAACGCAAAAUCUGCCUCCUGCGGGGAGGCGGGUGCCCCAAGAAGUUACGUCUGUUUCGAACCUAAGUCGCGGCCCACGUAAGUCAUUUGGUGCCUCUCCUGGCAGCCUCAGAGACACCACCAGGGGUGGAAGGCACGAAAAGGAGGCAGCUCGAGUCAUGGGUCUGGCAGAGGGAGCUUUAGAAGAAGAGGAGCUUGUGUGGCGGCAGCAGCGUGGGUCAGAGGACAGGGCAGGGGCUGGGAAGACGGGACCUACCUUCUGUUUUCUGCUAUUGCUGUAUGGUCUCCGGCGCGUCACUUCACCUCUCCUCUGCACCUGUGACAAGGGGAGUGUCACACUGCCCCUUAGCAAGGAGUUGCUUAGGGACUAAGAUUGCUCAGUUGUCUGUAUCUGGCUGGUCCCUGCUCAGCUGGUCUCACAGGGACUCUCAUUUGCCAGGCUCUGCUCCAAGUCGCUCUUUAGCUAGCUGUUCUCAUUGCCCCCAGCCUCCUUGCAUGCUCUUUAAAGAGUUCACCAGCAAGACCGUCUCAGCCUAUCCUGGGAUCUCCCCUACUUCGUGCUCAACCCCUUUAUUUUUGCAGCAGGUUCAAGUGCUGCCCUCCCGCCCAGGAACCACCAGCCUCAUGCUCCAGAGCCCAGCAUCCCACGACAGCACCUUAAUCAUCCUCCCUCCCACUAGGCAUGGACAUUGAUUCCCACCAGCAGCUGUGUCCGUGGGCAUUCGGUGAGAGGCGGCUUCCGACGGGAGAGUCCAUGGGUCUGGCAGGCAGAGCGCCAGUCAUCAGAGGCAGCUUGCAAAUGGGCUUCAAGCCAGACUCUAGGUCUAGUGAGGACGAUGAAACAAGCUCAUGAGACCAUUGUGGUGUGCACAGCAACCACCUCCUUCAUUCCUGAGCUCCCUUUCCUUAUGCCUGACCUGCUCCCAGCUAGAGCUUGGCUUGCACAGACUAGAGACUGAUCCGUACCCUCUCCUGGGCAACGCCACACAAUAGCCACUCACUGAACACGGCCACACCUGUGCCGGCUGCUGCCAGCAUGGCAAUAGCGGGGAUGGGCCCAAGCGGGGAAGCUCGUAGACUCUUCACGACAGCCUCCAAGUUUGGGGGUGGGAGGGAGGGACGGUGUUCAUCAGGCCUGGCAUUAAUUUUGAGCCUGUUUCUGAAGUGCUGAGUAUUUGCAGCUUGAGGGCGGUUUGUGGGUUCGCACGGUCUUAAUUUGCUACACAAAGGGGUGCUGUGAGGUGCGAUUUCUUCUGCUCAUCAGAAAUUGCAUUCAGGGAGCCCUCAUGCCAUAUUCCAGUUAGUGUGGCACUGGGCUUAGCCUCUGGGUACAUUUAACAAGCCAGAUUCCCACCCCCUAUCUGGCUGCAUUGGGUACACCCAGGCAAUUCCCACCCCCUCUCUGGCUGGAUUUGGUACAUCCAGGCCUUUCCCACCUCCUAGCUGGCUGGAUUGGAUACACGGAUGCCAUUUGACAUUCACAUCUUUGCUAACAUCUUGUUGCACUGAGUAGACCUGGCAGUGCAGUCAAUGUGAGAAUGGAGGUUCAUGUCAGAGGUCAGAGUUUUGCACGGCCUGUGUCCCCAGCCUAUAACUCCCGCUCCAUUCCAAAUCUGCCUUAGCCUUUUCCUUGUUGGAAAUGUACCUCCCUCCUCCCUUUGUGCUGUCAGAUGCUGGGGUAGAAAAAGGACACUGUCUUUUUAAGACUUCAUGCUUUGUGAUUCAAUAGUGAUGUUUUCUCAACACUGCUUUAUUACAAAAACUGCUGGGGGCAGAUCCAGCCAGCACAAAAGGGGGUGGCAGCUGGAAGUGAAAAGUGCGACACACACCACUGUUUAUAUGGCGGGUUAAUAGCUCAAUAGCCAUAUAUUUAGAAUUGCUCUGGAUAGCACUUAGCCUCUCCUUUGGUACUUGAAUGCUGAGGGCUCCAGCUUACGCUGCCCUGAGUGGCUGCAAUCAGCCGAGGUAAAUACAGCGACUUGUCUAUUAAGCUGCUCUGGAGCCAAGCCACGGAUGGGAUUGCACGAGGGACGUGUCCUGAGGAAAGUGCAGCGCUAAUGCUGGGUUUUGCUGGCAGCACGAGCUAUUGCACUUCUGGAUUCCGAUCUAGCGCACAACAGGAGCAUGGUGGCUCUGGAGGCCCCAUUUACGCCCUCCACAAUAGGCAAGUCUCCAGCCCCAAACCGUGGCAGGAGCUGAAAUGUGCCAGGCGGCUUAGGAAGGACGGGGCCAGUCCCUGUUGCAGGUCAGGAGAGAGGGGAAGAGCAGGGGAGGGGCCAGGAUGGAAACGGCGAAGGGUUCCUCAUGUGAACGUCCAUCUCCCACGCGCCAAAAGGAGGCAGGAUUUCAUGCAUGCCAGUGGAGAACCCCAGCUGAGCAAUGGCAGCUGGAGUCCAUUCCUGGCUUCCCACUAUGCUUUUCUGCACCAGCUCGCAUAGCCAGAAGCAGGGGCAGCCCAGCAGAGAGCCUCCAGCGCUGCUCAGGAACAAGGGGAAGGAAGGAACUGUUCCACCCAGCGCAGCUUGCAGAAAGGCAGUCGGGUUAGGAGAGUGCUCGGGGGAGGGGGCUUACCUUAGACCCUGUAGCAGAGGUUCCUCUCUAGCAUUCUGCCCACAUUCGUGCUGCAGCAAUAUCAACCGUCCUUGGUCUUGCAGCGAUACUGUGAAAACAAAGUUGUAUCAAGUCUGGACACUUCACUGAAAUGUAGAAACAAGCCCUGCUUUUCUAAUGGAGAGAAAUAAAGUGGAUUUUUUUCAAA